ACAUAAAUUUCGGAUCUUAUUUUCAGUUAACGAUUACACGUUCAUUGUGAAACCGAUCAACAGUCAUAUCAUGUCAACUGUCGCUAUGCCAGCAACUACUUAUCAAACAUCUGCUACCGGAAAUCCUCCUCAAAUUUUAGGUCCAUUGUCUGGUGGUGGUGAAGUACCAGAAGGUGAACCUGUUCACUUGGAACUGAGGAUUGCACCUCCUGGAGAUUUACAAGUGCAAUGGUUCAAAGAUGGUGUUGCAUUGAGUGCCGGUUCUCGAUACAAUACAAUGUGUGAACGUGGUCUGGCUUCACUAGAUGUCAUCUAUACAAUUCCAGAGGACAGUGGUACCUAUUUUUGUGUCAUCUCAAAUCCAUUUGGUAAUGCUCAAAGUGAAGCUGUCCCCGUUAAUGUAAUACCUGAAAUUGAUCUGAGUCAAGAGCAUCUGGACGCACAAUUUGCUGAUCUUUAUCAAGCAACAAGUGCACCGGUGAAAGAAUAUGAACGUGAUGAGAGAAGUCAACCAAAGAGUGCACCACAGUUUACUCAACAACCGGUGAUUAGUAGUAGUGAUGUUCUUGAAGGUGAACCUGUCAGAAUGGAGGCCUUUUUAAACACCACAAGUGAUUCUUCGUUACAAGUUGACUGGAUAAGAAAUGGACAGCCAGUUGGUACAGGAAGCCGUUUCAACGCUGUACUCGAUCGGGGAUUGGUUGUCUUAGAAAUCGGUUACUGUUUAGCAGAGGAUAGUGGACAGUAUGUGUGUGUGGCAACAAACGCAAUUGGACGAACAGAGAGUCAACCUGUUGAAUUAAGAUGUCAGCCAGAAGAUCGGAUUGUUACAAAAUCGAUUUUGGAUCAGGAGUCUAUCAACCAUCUAAAACAACUAGAAGAACCUGGAGAAGACUUUGAUCACACACUUUAUGGAGCUGCUCAAAGCAUACCUCCAUCUUUCAAAGCAAAUCUAGAACCUUCUACGAUUCAAGUAAAUGAAGAUGAACCCGUAAUUUUCUCCGUACCAGUUGACUGCGGUAAUGGGGAUCGUGUGGUUGUUGAAUGGAAACGUGAUGGGCAGGUUGUUAAAACAGGAUCACGAAUUACAGGAAGCUUGGAACUGGGUAUCGCCAGCCUGAAAAUUCAUUACGCCCAACCAGCAGAUACUGGAGCAUAUACUUGUCACAUUUCUACGGAGCAUGGGUCCUCUGACUGCGGUCCUUCCAACUUGUUAUGUGAAGCUACGGGAGGCAUAAUUGCUGCAAGUCAGCUUCCAGGUGACAAGGAAAAGGGCCUUCAAGCCAUUGAAGCAAUAGAAGCAAAUUUACAUGCACCACGUGGUACAAUCUGGGAAGAUGAUGGUCCCCAUGAAGCACCAAUAAUUAUUCAACAUCCACAACCUGUUGGUGAGAUUGAAGAAGGCACAGUGAUUCACUUUGAUGUUCAAGUAGAACCUGCAGCUGACCCUUCACUGAUCGUCGAGUGGUUUAAAGGAGGUAAAUUAUUAACAAGUGGAACACGAUUUAAAGUUGCCUAUGAAAGAGGAUUAGCCACUCUGGAUCUUUUAUAUACUAUUCCUGAGGACAGCGGUGAAUAUUGGUGUUGUGUGGCGAAUAAAGCUGGUCAAAUGGAAAGCAAUCACGUGCAAGUUCUGUGCAACGCAAGUGCUUCAGUCAUCACACACAGUAAUCUCUUACAAGGAGCUGAAGGUUACCAUUUGAUAAAGGCAAUUGAAGACAUUGAGCAGCCCAAUGAACAGGAAUAUAAUUAUUUUGAAGAGGAAGAAGCUGAUGCGGCGCCCAAUUUUGAUGUGAAACCACAAGCUGCUACAAUAAGCGAAGGUUCUCCAGUCAAAUUCUUAGUACGUGUCAGCGGUAAACCCACACCACAACUGACAUGGUAUCUCAACGAUGAACCGAUUGAACAAGAUUCAAUUACGAAAAUCUACAGCGAUGGAGCAAUUAAUUAUUUAGAAAUGAGUCGUUGUCCCGCUUUACAAGGAAGUAAUAAAUUACAUGUGAUUGCACAAAAUCAACUAGGCAAAGCUGAAGCAGAGACUAUUCUCACAGUUGUAUUGGCAGAAGACUUCAGACCAGAUUUGAAACAUGUUAAACCAGGUAAUGAAACAAUUCAACUAUUUUAAGUAAUAAUUAGUUACAAAUACUUUCCAUCAUUACAAGCUUCGUUAAACAUUCCACUAUCAUUAGAGUUGAGUUGUUCCAGUGAUUUAGUUUCUUCUCAAACUGCACGAAAAUAGAUAAACUGGAGGCAUAUCCUGCUGAACAGUAUGAUUGAUCCUGGUUAAAACUUUUUUAAAUCUUCAAAGAUAAGUGAGUAACCAAAUAAAUUGGAAAAGUUUUUUGAAGUGAUUAGUAGGUGGUUAAACAUGUAACAUUAGAUGGGAUGAAUUAAAUAAUACAAAAAAGUGAUAAAUAGUGUCGAAAGAUAAAAGUGAUCAGUCUAAGUUUACACUUGGUAGAAAUAUUUAGACAAUAAUGCAUACUUUCUAGUACAAUGAAAAAGAAAUCCCUUUUUUUUUUAUCUCUAAACUCUUCAUAAUUCAAAUCACUUCUUGACGUCUUACAUCUCUGUUGAAACAUUUGUGCAACUAUUGAAUAUUGUAUGACCUAGUAUACAUUAAUAAUUUUUUCGAUUUACUUUUUUUUACUAUGCAUGAAUGCCCAGUUUAUAUUAACAGGUUGGUAUUUCUUUUAGCAUAUGAAAUUGAGUAGAUUAUGCAUCACUGACGUGAAACUUUCAAAACAUUUCUUCUUUAAUGUUCAUUAUCGUCAUGAUUUUGUUAUUAAUAUAAUUACUAUAACUACUGGUUUUACAGGAAAUAGGAAUAUUUUAAUUUUUUAAAAACAACUAAAAUAACUAGUAGUUAAAUUUAAAGCUGCCUUUUUUUUACCCAAAUUUCUUAAUCCACUGACAUAAAAGUACAUUUAUUUAUCACCGUAGUUAAACAUCUUUUAGUAUCAUUACGAUGUACAUAUGGAAGUCAUCACAUGUUGAAAUGCUGUCAAUUCUAUUUGUAGAUAUUUUAAAGUAUAUAGUAAAGUGAUUAUAAGGCUUAUUAAAAAUAUUCAAUAAUACGGAAUGUUGAAGACACCUGAUAAAACAAAGGCUGAAAUAUCCUUGAUUAAUCCCAUGUUCAUGCAUUAUAAAACUUAUUUUAAGGACUGAACCACCUGCAUAAAAAUACGUUUUUUAUAUAAGUGAUACAGUAAUGAAGGAAAUCCCGAAAAGGGAUUUUGCUAAAAUAGUGUUCUUUAACACUUAAACUUCGGUUUCAUCUCCAAACAUUAUCUAUCAAAGAUUAGGAGGUUUCCAUUUACCUUUCAAAGUAUUUUUGCUAAAUGAAAUGCUCUGUCUUGAAGUUGGAACAAACUUCGAAGAAAUUAAAAUUAACCCCAACUAUAAAGAAGAAUGUUAUGCUAAUAACUGCCAGUGAAUGGAUUUUUACCGUGCACUUUCUUAUUACUUUAAGUCCUAUGCUAAACUGUUAUUUAAUUCAGAAGGGGUUAAAAGUACUUUACUGGUCAAAAGCUCUGGUAAUUAAAAAGGAACACUGUAGAAACCAUAUGCGUAUAUAAUACCUGAAAGGAAAUCAUUAAAAUUUUCGAUACCUCUAAAUUAUUUUACUUCCCAUAUAUAUAUCCAUUAGAAAAUCCUUACAAGAAGAUGGUCGGCUUGCGCAAAGUUGACUGCUCACCUGAGCUAAACAAAGCUUUGACAAGAAAUAAACCAUCCGCUCAAACAAUAAUGGAGAUGGAAAGGGGUACUGAAAUGAAAGCUCGUAUGUACCGUUCACCAGAAGUACUUGAAGCUGAAAAGAUGCUCGAUCAACUUGCUUCAAAUCUAAGAAAAUCUGAACUCAAAAGACCUCCAAUAAACGGCAGCAAUCAAGAUGGUGUCGCCUAAAUUUUAUAAUGGAAUAAAUCUUAAUUUACCACUGGACUAUCCCUCACACACUUAUCUGAACAGCUGUGCAAUGCAUGAAUAUUCAUAUUUAAAGAAAUAAUCAGUCAAACAAUUCUAUUUACAAAAAAAUAUUUACAAAAUGAAUCAAGCUACAUAUGUUAAGUUGGGUCAUUUAUCAUAAUUCUGAGAAUAAUGAACAUGAAACAUUUACCAGAAACAAUGAUAUUAUCACUACUUGUUUAUAUUUAUGUUUCUAUUUCGCCCAGUCUUUUCAUUUCACUAGCACUUUUACUCACUCAUGAUCAAUUCCAAAUACUUGCUAAAAUGUUACUUUCAAACAACAAUUGACAAUGAAACAUUGGACAAGGUGAUUUUAAUGCUUCACAUUUGAUCUAAUUCAGAGAUCGAUGUGUUUUACUCUCCUGAAUAUCAUAUAGCUAACUGAUUUCAGUCAAUCAUAUCAAACUAAUUUAUUCAUAGUGUCUGAUUGGUGAACAUUUAUCUGCUUUGUUCUAUUAAAAUAUUUUUCGCCGUUUCUUCAAUUGUGUUUAUGGUCAUGCUAAUAAUAUAUGAGAAGUGAAUGCCAAAUGACGGAAACCAAUCAUGCUGAAAGGACUGACAACGGUAAUUUAUUUCAAAGACCAGUUGUGAAUAAAAAAGCAUAUUUUGGUGGUGAAAAAACCAUUUUAUGUUAUUGCAGACUCUUUUCGCUGAUGAUAUUGUCUAUUUAAAAUGUUCAACUUAUCCUGUUAUAUUGUUUAUUUAGCAAAUUACCUUUGAGUUUAUUUUUAUUCGCUGCAAAAGACAAUUCUUGAUUGUCAUGAAUUUCAAAAGCAGGUUGAUGUUUUCUUUAGCACAUGCAUUUGUGAAAUUAAAUAUUAGUCAGACUUUUGUAAGCAUGAACAGUAAGCUGCCUAGAUGAAAAGUUCCGAUAGUACUUUGAUAAAGUAUACAUCAGUUAUGUAAAAUGAGCUUACGUGAUAUGAGGUGGUUAACAACUUAGAACUUCCGUUACUACACUAAAGAAUCUGCAGAUGUCCAGAAACAUACUUUAAGACGACUGGGAUGUCUCUCAUCUUCUACAGUUUAAAACAACUUAUGUUAGGCAUAAGAAAGCAAAUAAAAACAAUUAUUGGCU